AGCUAUGCCCUCUACACAUGGUGCUACCAGUCCAGAAGGGAGUUCUACACCACAUUCCACUGCAGACACUGCUUCACAGUCCACCUCCCCGUCAGGUCCAGUCACUGAAGUUCCUUUAAGUACGUCCUCCAGAGACGCAACUACCAGUUCAAGAGUUUUCACCAGCAGUCACUCGACACGCACUUCACAGAGAACGUCCUUUACAUCGAUGGCUGCUUCAACUGCAGGGACUUUGACAACAGCAGCCCCUUCUACAACCACCCUCACCCCAGCAACAACGAAAAAACUGUGCAGCGCGUCAGACUGCGAUUGCAACGGGGCUCCCUGUGUCUACAACGAAACAUCUGGACAAUGUCAGUGUAAAUGCCCUGAAUUUACAGACGGGAAAAACUGCCUUAAUGGGCAGAAUCACACCACUGUUGUUAUAGAUACCAAAACUGUGCCGACAAGAAACGUGAGCGUUUCUCUGAGUAUAAACAAGUCCUUCAAUCCCAGUCUGACAAACCCUUCCUCUUUCCUCUACCAGCAGUAUGUUCACAUGAUGCAGCCCGAGCUCGAAAGACUGUGCAAGCAGGCAUCUCCGCAAAACUUCCAGCAAGUGAUAAUCACUGGUUUCAGGAAUGGCAGCAUUGUUACAGAGAGUUUAGCGAUAUACAACUACCCCAACCAGGAUAGAGAGAUACAGUUCCUUAACAAUCAAUUAGUGGGCAAGUUAAGUUCGAUUUUAAACGACACUAACAACCUCGAUAACCUGAGUGCUGCUGUUAAUGCAUCAGUAAAGCUGCUGAACACCACCGGAGAACCUCCAGCUAUAACAAACGUCACAGGAUUAAAACCCUUUGUUGAAAAUUGCAGUCUAAAUUAUGACAAUUACACAGUCGAAGUCGUCGAAGGAAGCCUGUUGUGCGUGGGACCCUGCAGAAGACUGCCUGAUUACUGCUCUUUCAAAGGCAGCUGCUACAACCGCCGAGAAGGAGCAGUGUGCAUGUGCUUCGCGUCUGCUUUCCAGCAGUACACCGGGACGCACUGCCAGCUGUAUCAGAGGACGGCUGGGUUUUACGGAGUCCUCUUCGGCGUGCUCGGAGCUGCUCUGCUUCUCCUGAUUGUGCUCAUAGUGGCUGUUAUAAUACUUGUGAGGAAGAGGAAAGGGUCAUGGAAUAGCAACAAGAGUCAUCGAUGGUUUUCGUUGGACGAGGAGUAUUUCAAUUUUUCCCACACAGGUUUGGGUACCAGGGCAUCUGAAGGAGAGUCUGGGAGAUCUGGAAACUAUAACAUGGGUGAUAACCUCAUGUUCUCCAAUGAAUUCACACCAGGUGUUUUCAAACCUAAGUUGGAAAACGUCGACACCUCGCUAAACAUAGGCGACGACAAAAAGGCCGGAGCUGACGCCUUCUAGCGACCAAUAACGAUUACAGAGUUCCUGUUUACCUGCUCUUGAGAACGCUUAUUUAUUUAAAUGAAAAAAGAUUGUCGUUAACGAAAGCAUUUAUUUAUAUGAACCUUGAACACUAAUUCAUUCUGCGCAUCAUGACACUUCAGCCCACCUGCUGAAUGUCCUUCACGGAGGUCUUUCUGAAUAACAGUCAAACAUUUUGGAAAGAUAAAGAAAUAGAUCUCUAAUCAAUACUCAUAAGAAUAAUUCGUCAGCUGUAUAAAACGAUUUAAGCAAUUAUUGAGGAACUAAACUACAAUCAAAAUCACAGGUAUGGGUCUGGAAAGCUAAUUCAGAUCAACACGCUGCUAAUUCUGUUUUCUUCAGGGUGCUGCAUUUGUUUCCAUGUGUGCUUUAGAGAUCAAAGACAAAAGGCGUGGACAGUACAUGACGUCAUUCAGUUUAACAUUCCGAGCAUUAUUAUCGCAAGUGCCAUCGUGAUUUGAAUUGAAUCCUGACAUCAUGUGACCUGUUGAGAGAAUGCGUAUUUAUAUAU